GCAUAUGAUAAUUACGAGAAAAUGAAGAAGUUGGCGGAAGUAGACAGAGUGGAAUGGACUGUCUCCCACUCAUUUUUCGCGAAUAUGGGAGGUUUUGUCGGCGUCUCAAACUCACCCAUUCAUUUGAGCUCUCCAAGACUGGCGCCAGAGAAUGAGCAGAAGCCUCCUGUGGUUGUCGAAAUGGACGCUGUGCAUCCAGGAAACGACUGUGCAAUUACAAUUGAACCGAGCCCAGAUCGCUGUCCUCCGAGUACCAGAAUCGAAGAGUUUCGUCAAGUCCUUUUUGGGGAAUGUUUGUUCGAGAUGAGAGAGAAAGGUUACAUUCAUCGCCUUCCAGACGUUACCAAGGACGAGAUCAUGGACAAAAGCAAAGACAGCGUUUUUGUCAAACUUCUCACAUUUCUACAAGGCUGCUGGAACAUACUCCAAGUUUUGCUCAGGAUAUUUGAUGGAGUGGAGGUACCAUUGAGUCCAAUCAACUACAGUGGUAUUGCUCCCAAUCUGCCAGAGCACGAACGACAAAAGUAUUGCAAAGAUUGGAUCGCGAAGCAAAACAGCUCGAGCACUAAAUCCUUUCGCGAGAUCUUACCAGACAGAUUGCGCAAUCAAUCGUUGGAGCAUUUUGAGUGGACGCAUGUUCCCAACGAUAUUUACGACGAGAAAUUCAAAUACAGAGCAAUAUAUGGUCUAGCUUUUGGAGCUGCAGUGUCUGGCGGUUUUCACGUCGCAGGAUGGGACCUGGAAUUCGCAAAGCCCAUAGAACAGACACUAUGGCAGAAUGCCAGUAUCUUCAUCACUAUCUCGAUCACACUUUGGGCAAUUGUAUAUGCUUCUUUUCUUGCCAGAGAAUUUAUCAACCUCCGCGGAAGAGAUAUGCAGCGACAAAUACAGAAACUGGACUUUGUGGUUGCUAUCUGCUACGUUGUAGCGCGGUUGAUUCUCCUGGUGGAAUAUUUCCGAGGCCUGUUCUUCCUUUCUCCAGAAGCCUAUAUAUCUACCUGGGUCACAAAUAUUCCUCAUAUUGAUUAG